CUGUCGUCUCAGCUUCAGCGGCGGAGAAAAAAAAAUUCUCAAGAUUUAUUCCAUACGAUGCCUACUCGAGAAGAUUUUCUGCGUUAUCUUCAACAAAAUCCAGUUGGUGAUGGAACACCAAGUUUUGUUGACACAUUUCAGGGAUUUGAGACUUACUUCUCUCAACCAAAUCCGGGCAAUACCAACUUCAGAGACAUUCCAUCCACUUCGACUCCUCCUACUGCAGCGCACAUCCCUCAGAUGACAGUAGAUGAUCUUCUGGGGCUCCUGGACGAGAGAGCCUCACUGUACUCGACCCACUAAGGCGUGGAAACGCUACUUGGUUUAAGCAUGAUAAUGGGAAAAUUUCGAAAGCUAUAUUAAAGAUGAUGAAAUCUGACCUACCAGGACCAUAUCCUACUUAUAAACAUCUGCCUCGUGAUGCAAAAACAAGAUGGUUCAGAGCAUUUGCGCAACAAUUUACUUGGGAACCGAGCAUUACUGAAACCGUAAAAAUUGCUUACGAGAAAAAGGCACAGAAAUCUUUUUCAAGCAAUUUGUGUGAAUGGAAAGAAAAAUGGAAGCUUAACAAAGAUCCUCCGGAGUGGGUAUCAGAUGAUAAUUGGCUGGGUUACGACUUGAUGUGGAAGGAUGAAAAAGUCCAAGCAAAGUCUUCCACAAACUCUACCAACCGGAAAAGUGAGCGUGGUGGUUUUGGUAUUGCAAUACACAACACAGGGGCAAAAUCCUAUGAAAGGCGCAAAGACGAGAUGACCAUUGAUAAUGGAGGGGAAGAGCCUGAUAUGCUAGCAUUUCUUGCGGAUGCACAUCGAAGUCGCAAAACUGGUGACAUUCUUGACAAAAAAGUGAAGCGGAUUGUGGAGACUGUCAAGGAGAAGAUAAACGAUCAGCUAACUCAAGGUGGAUCAACUGAGACAAACCUUCUUACCCAAGCACAUAUCAACAAUCUGGUUUUAAAGGAAAUCCCUGUCAUUAAGGGUCACCGUUUUGGGUUUGGAACACUGCCGGACCCGGGACAAGUACCUUCUUCAGCUUCUUUCAUGUCAAAUUUGGACCAAGAAGAACAACUACGGAUUGCAAACGAGAAGAUAGCAAUAGCUGAUGAGAAGAUUGCUAUGGCAACAGAGAAGAUUGUGACACUGGAGAAUGACAAAGCUGAGAAAGAUAAGGUUAUACAGUAUUUGCAAAACUUAGCAUCUAAGGUUGUCAGCAAAUUUCCAGAUUUGCUUCAAGAAGAUGAAGAUGCAACUCAAGAAUAAGUCUUAUGCUUGUAGUCUUAUGCUUGUAGAAGAAGAAGCUUUAGUAACAAACGUGUGUUACAUAUUAUGCUUGUAGUUUUUUGGUUAAAGCUUUAGUAAUGAACUCUAUUGUAACUUUAACGGUUGUUUUAAGACUUUAGCAAAAUAUUUUGCUAAAACUAUUUUAAUGUUAAAUGUUUAAGUAGGUUUCAAGUCUAAAAUAUA